AUGACAGAUCCUCAAUCUAACUUUUUUGAUGAAUGGUUCAAUUUCAUGAUCCACCACCCUAAUCAUCAUCACCAUCAUCCCUACUCCUCCUCUUCUUCUUCUCAUCAACCAUCCUCCUCCUCCUCCUCCACCACAAUUAAUCCUCCUUCGCCUCCUCUUAGAGAAGCUCUUCCUCUCAUCAACAAGUUAAGCCUCAUAAAUCAUCAACAAAAUGAACCCUCAAACUCAAACAUCAUCAAUACCACAACUCUAGAAAAUGAAUAUAAUCAUCAUCAUCAUCAUCAUCAUGGUGAAGAUCAUUAUGUUGAUGAUGGUGAUGAAAGUGUUACUUUUGCCCUACAAAUAGGGCUUCCUAGAGUGAAUGAUAAUUCUCCUUCUGAUCUUGGAUCAAGAAUGGUUUCAUCAAAUUGUAUAGAAAUGGCUGAAAAAGAUGAAGUUAAUAUGGUUUCUGAAAACCCUUUGGAGAAAUUGAAUAAGGGUCAGUAUUGGAUUCCAACACCUUCUCAAAUUCUCAUUGGUCCUACACAAUUCUCAUGUCCUGUCUGCUCUAAAACUUUCAACAGAUACAACAAUCUUCAGAUGCAUAUGUGGGGACAUGGAUCUCAAUACAGAAAGGGCCCAGAUUCUCUAAAAGGAACACAACCAACAGCAAUGCUAAGGCUUCCAUGCUACUGUUGUGCACCAGGUUGCAAGCACAACAUUGAUCAUCCAAGAGCAAAGCCUCUCAAAGAUUUUAGAACACUUCAAACACAUUAUAAGAGAAAGCAUGGUAUUAAGCCUUACAUGUGUAGAAAAUGCGGAAAAUCGUUUGCGGUGAAAGGUGAUUGGAGAACACAUGAGAAGAAUUGUGGCAAAAUUUGGUAUUGUUUAUGUGGUUCAGAUUUCAAACACAAAAGGUCUCUUAAAGAUCAUAUUAAAGCCUUUGGUUAUGGUCAUGGUGCUUUUGGGAUUGAUUGCUUGCAAGAAGAAGAUGAAGUAGGUUCAGAAAUUGAACAUGACGGUGGUGGAAGCUCAAUGUGA